UGCAUUUUCUGUGAGUGAGAGUUCACAGGCACAUGGCUUACACAUGGUGAACGUGACUAGGUGGAUAAACAUUGGCAGGACAUUGUGAGGGGAAGCAUAAGGAAAAUAUUUAAAGAUAAGCCCUGCCUUCUCAACAGUUUGGCUUAAUUAAACUUGCAAAAACUAUUUGAAUCAAAAACGUGGUUACAGGAGGACUCUGUGCUCCUAAUAUACAGGAUUGUAUACAGGAUUGUAUGAUUAAGGAUUUGGGUGAACUAGGCAUUUAAUCAUGGAGGAAAACUACAGCAGUCUACAUGAGUUCACAGAGGAUUGUCAUUCAACCAGAGGAAACAAACCUAUACUUUACACAUCAGACAACGGACAAGACUUUGACCUGUCCUGAUAUCUUUCUGGUGUAGCCGGUUCUCUUAAGAGAUUGGAUCGUAUGAGGAGACCGAUGGUGAUUCUCCUGAUCGUCACACUGCUCGUUUCGUUCUGUGUUAACAUAGGACUGACUGUUUUCUUGGUUAAAAGGAAACCCAGCAGCCCCCCCUGUGUGGAGACUACAGAAACUCCGCUCUCUGAGUCGCAGAUUCAGUCUCUAAAACUUUCGUCCCUGCAGAAGCGCUUCUCACACCUCUGCUACAAUUACAUCGCCCUCGGAAAGACCUGUUCGGCAGAAGUGAAGCAGUGCAUGCCGUGUCCUGAUGGCUGGAGACAUAUAGAAGACAAGUGCUACUUCUUUAGUGAUGACAAACUAGACUGGGUCAGGAGCAAGCAGAGCUGUGUGUCAAUGGACAGCCAGCUAACAAUACUUCACACGCAUGAGCAACAUCUUGCUCUGGAGAAAAUAGCCCGCAGUUUGAGUGGGUUUGACUACUAUUACUGGAUAGGCCUGUCAGACAUCGAUGAGGAAGGCGUGUGGAAAUGGGUGGAUAACUCACCAGUCAAUAAAACGUACUGGAAUGAAUGGGACGGAGAGCCCAAUAACCACCAGUCUGGAGGGCUUCACGGCGAGGACUGUGCCGUGCUGAAUUCUCACUCGAAAUCUUGGUAUGACGUUCCUUGUGACAACAUCUACAAACACAUCUGUGAGAUGGACGCCAUUGUUGUGAACUGAUUCACAGUGCCUUUAAAUAUAGAAAAAUAUAAAUUUUCUGCAAAAACACUGAAUAUUAAUUUUUUUAAACUUUAUAAUCUUUAUAAACACUGAAUGUAUAUCUUUUCAAAUGGAAGGAAAAAACAGUUUUGUCCUUUGUAUACUUUUGAUUGUGUUCUUUUGUACCUUUGUGCUUAUUCUUCAAAAAUAAAGUGAUUUGAAAGAG